AUGGAUGAACUGACGUAUCAUGCGGAAGACACCAAGCAUGAUACCCCACCGAGAUCGGCAAUUCGUCCAAUCGGCAAGAUGAAAACCAGCAUUAUUCUGUGUGCCGUGUUCCUUGUAUGUUUACUGCUGACUUCAGAGACGACCGCCUAUGGAGACAACGGCGGCAAUGGCAACGGAAAUGGCAACGGCGACAACGGGAAUGGCAAUGGUAAUGGCAACGGCAACGAUAAUGGGAACGACAACGGUGGAGACAACGGUGGAGACAACGGCGGAGACAACGGUGGAGACAACGGCGGAGACAACGGUGGAGACAACGGUGGAAAUGACGGCGAUAGUUAG